AUGGCCGAGGACAAGCCCACAUACCGAUCAUGGAAGAAGAAGUAUCGCAAGAUGCGCAUCGUCUUCGACCAAAAGAUGCACGAGGGCGAGGAGCUUCACAAGCUUGAGCAAAAGGCCCUAGCCACUGUGCGCAGACUCGCCAUUCAGAAAGACCGUCUCCUGGACCUGCUCCUAGAUGUGAAUAAUUCGGGUCAGAUUCCUCCAGAAAAAAGGAUAGAUCUCAGCCUGGAUCCUCCCUCCGACGACGAGGCCCUUGCCCUUGACAUUGACCGUGCUACUACGCCUCCUCCAGGGCCCCGACCAGCUAAAUCUUACAAGAAGCUGCUUCGCGAAGUUCCCCAUCUUACCUGGGCGUCCGCGGCCGAUCACUACCCCGAACUCGUCGCCGAUAUCGAAGCCGGGCGCGAUUCGCCUGCUGACCCCUUGCAGGGCUCUGCUCAUCCGCCAUCCUUCCUAACUGCCGACGACAUCGACAACUACCUCUGGGAGAUCGACACGCGCCUGUCUCGCGAAGAAGCCGCAGCCGCCAGUGCAGCCAACAACAACGCUCCCAAUGGCGGCACAAACAUCGACGCUACCAAGCCCACAAAGAAAAAAGAACCCCCUCUCCCGACGCUCGCGCCUCUCGCCCACCAAGACCCUACCGUACCCAAGGACACAGCCCGCGACUUCGCCUUGCGCAACCCCGUCUCCGUUUACAACUGGCUGCGCAAGAACGCGCCAAAAACCUUCCUCCAAGACGGCGAGCACCAGGACGGUGGCGCCAAGGAAGGCAAGGACCACGAUGGCGAAGGUGGCUCACACGGCGGCAGCGGCACCGGAUCCGGACGUCGCGGUGGCAAGGCUGGCGGCUCAAGCGAGUGUACCCCCCGUGGGUCUGGCGUGCGCAGCAGCAAGCGCGCGAACGCCGCCAGCCGGUUGGCGAUUGCUGAGAGCUUUGACGACGUCGAUGACGAGGGGUACGGAACGCCGGGCGGGGUGAUGACACCGGUCAGCACGGCCGGUGGCGGGAAGGGCAAGAGGAAGAGGGUUGUGGACGAUGACCCGGGGUAUAGGCCUAAGGGGGGCUCGAAUCGGCCGGCGAAGAAAAAGAAGAAGGUUAGCGAUGUGGGUGUUGGGGAGCAGAGCACGCCGACAUCUAAGAAGCCUAGGAAGAGUGCGGGCGCCGCGGCGGCUGCAGCAGGGGAUGGUGAUUCUAUUAGGGGCGCGGAUGAUUAG